ACAUCUGUCCCGCUUCAGUCCAGUAUGAGGCCAGCGCGUGCGGAAACCUUUCGAGCCGCGUAGAUUCUACCUGACCUGGAGAAAAAAAUGGAAAAUAAACACCCCUAUCUGUGUUGUUUACCAUGUCAAGAUGUUGUAAAAUGUUGGCGAUUAUGAAUUUUUAACGCAGUUGUGGAUAUAAAUAUUUUUCUAAUAUAUAAAUCAAGACGCAGACAAGAGCUUGUUGCACUCUGGGAAACAGAUAUCGCGCACCUUUUUGCGCCUCGGCUUAUGCGCCUCGGAGACGCUGAUGUCUUCAUUGGAGUCCUUUCAGUCGUAGAUGGUGGAUCUCUCUCGGAUUUCCAACGUGGAAACGUAGCAUCCAAUUAAUCAGCGACUGCAACUGUACCCCGUAAAGGCGCAGCGGCACUCGGGUCGGCUCUCUCCAACACCUACCUUUGGACUCCUAAGUGUGGAAAGACGCGUGGAUUUUUUUUUAUUAUUAUUUUUCUUUUUUGGUCGGUGCGCUGGAUCGGGAGUAUGAAAAACACACCUGGUGUGAUAUUUCAGCUUUUCCCAGCUUUCCUCUAUUUGGACACAGACUGAAUUUGAACACUUUUUUAAAAAUUGGGCUCGUAGCUGUUUAAACGAUUCAUGCAGCUGAAUCAGCUCGGGACAAUAAAUGAGUCGCGUUUUGUAUUUGGAUUUUACUACAAACAGCCAAGCGAGUUUCAGGUCUGCAUGGGCCAUAUUUAAGCUUUCUUCAUAGGAACUGAGUCUAAGAUGAAGUUAUGGGAUGUUUUGGCCACGUGUUUGUUGCUCCUGAGCUCUGUUGCUACACGGCCUCUCUACCAAAACACUCAGCCAGCCAAGAGGACUUACUUUCCCAGCAGCUACAGUGAUUCCGCGUCCCUGUCUGUGGAGGACGAAGAAGAGCCGACGCUCCAGCACCACAACCAAGACCGCAAUCUGCAGGAGAUCUCUAUGGAGAAUCAAUAUGACAUCCCAGAUCCAUAUCCAGAGCAGUUUGAUGAUGUAAUGGAUUUUAUCGAGGCUACCAUUGGCAGACUGCGGAGGUCGUCAGAGCCCAACGGGGGUUCCAGGGGACGGAGGGAGCAGAGACAGAGGGGAGCAGCAAACACGGGAGGGACGAGAGGCGAGGGGAGAGGCCACAGCGACAGGAGGCGGAGUCGGGGACGAGGGGGAAGCCGAGGUGGCAGGGGAGGCCGAGGCGAGAAGGGGAGGGAGAGGAUAUCGGUGCAGAGCCGGGGCUGCUUGCUAAAGGAGGUCCACCUCAACGUGACGGACUUGGGGCUGGGCUACCAGACUAAAGAGGAGCUGAUCUUCCGGUACUGCAGCGGCCCCUGCGUGGAGGCCGAGACCAACUAUGACAAGAUCCUGAACAACCUCACACACAACAAGAAGCUGGACAAGGACACACCCUCUCGCACCUGCUGUCGACCAAUCGCUUUUGACGACGACUUGUCUUUCUUGGACGACAACGUGGUGUAUCACACGCUGAAGAAGCAUUCUGCCAGGAAGUGUGGCUGCGUCUGAGGAGGUCACAGAGACGUGACAAAAUGACAGACAUGUCGUGCCAGCAUCAGCGGACUAAGGAUCAUCUUUACAAACUGGUGCUGCAAAGGCAAGGAUCGCUGCUUGGAAGUGGGCAUACAAGGUCGAAGAGGAAGUGUAUCGUCUCAGUUGUCAUCAAAGGAGACGACUGUACAUUUAACCAUGACAGUUCCUCCAAUCCCCUGACCAGUAUUUGAUGGUUCAGUCAGACACAUGCAGAAACGUAUCAGGUGUGCACCACUUUGCAGAAGAGUCCAAACUGUUACACUUCCAGAUCUGCUAACUGUACUGUCUGAAAAGGUGAGAGUGAAGCAAAAACUCGUGACUUGGAAGAAUUUUUUCUGGAAGAAUUCAUUUUCAGUUUUUCCAUAGCUGGCUCCUGAGACUGCAAGACAAACGCAGAGAUUUGAGGAGUAUAUUCAGCUGCAGUCUAAAUCACCUCCACCGCAGUCUGGUUGUUGACAGUUAAAUUCAGAGCCAAGUGAUGAGAAAUACCACACUGGGGGUUCAGCAAGGACUUUUUCUGGUACAACGCAUCUACAUAAAAUUCAAUCAUAUAUAUACACGUGUGUGUAAGAGGUAUAUUUAUUAAGAUGGAAUUAACUUAUUGUUAUUUAUUUCAAUCCAUUUUAUGAAAGAAAUUGUCUUUUUUCUUAUUUAUUUAAAAGCUUUGUUUGUCCUGGAUGGUGCCAAAGUGGAGCAUAUUCUCAUGCAAAAUCUUAAGGUGACCCACAACUGCUAAACACUCACACACACACAAACACUACACACAAGCAUUAAUAAUUAAUAAUGCUUAUUGGCUUCACUUAGAUUCCAGGGUUUCUCAAUUCAUGAGUCCAAAAAAAAAUCAUCUUUAACUAUCAAGUCAAGGGAGUGUAGAAAGAGACACAGAGGAGGGGACCAAUAGAAGAUUUUGGAUUGAAGUGAUCUGUUGUUUUGGAGUGUUUUGAGGGACGGAAGGGUAGUUUUUUUUUGUUGUUUGUUUGUUUUUUGUUGUUGUUGUUUUUUUUUUUGGACAAUUCACCUCAUUUUCACAGAUGUGACCACGCUAAGUUGGGGGACUUCAGAUGUUGCUCUCUCCUCACCGCACCUUGGUACGGACUAAUCCAACUAUGACAUCAUUUUACUGUAUGUUUACAAGGAGGCAAAUGACUCUUUGCUGCUGUUUUAAUCCAAAAUAGAUUUAAUGUCACUCCAAGCAGGAGCCAUCACUUUUUUUUUAUUGAAAUCUAAAAUAGAGAGCAGUGGUCUCUCUGAGGAUCUGUAGGUGCCUUUGAGGAUCUAUCCUUUGAGUCACAGAGUACAGAAGCUGCUAGAAUGCCUGCCUAUCACCAUACGUUAUCCGAAACCUCACUCUGGCCUCGCACCAAGUCUGAGCAAAGGCUUUGCAGUGGUUACUGUCCCAAUAGGCUUUAAAGUUCACGGGACUGCCUGUGUUUCUGUCUCAGCUCUGACAGACAGGUCUUACUCCCUGAAAGGGGAUUUGAAAGUGAUCCUCUAACAUGAGUCUUAACCAAAUAUCCCCUGCUGGCAAAAAGGCAUUUUGGUGAAGGCAGUUAAAGGAUGAUCUAGGUACUGUAGUAGCUGUCAUUGUCAAACUGAUGUAAAUAUCUGAAGACUAGAUGUUUCCACAAAAGAAUAUGAAGAGGAUGGGUAGGCUCGGCAUGCUUUCUACAUGUGAUGACUCGUUUGGCCGAGUUUAUUCCCAAGCUAUAGCAGAAAUGUACAUUCAGGAAAACAGGAUCUUCAAAAAGCAUGUUGCUGUGCUCAUCAAGACCCCUGCGAGGGGAUCGUUUUAAGUGGAACAAAGAGAGCCCUCGGGUAGGUCUUGAUGUUAGCACGGAUUAGGGACCAAGGUAUCUGUGCCCACCCAGCAGCAAGCAAGCCAGCUUUACUGUGUAAUCCCCCCUGCACACAGAACAAAUCCACUGCAUCAAGCUGAAUUUAGGCCAAACACUACACAGAGAGGAAAAAAAACUCUUUUAUCACAGCAUACCUCAUCAAUUGGAUCAUCUUCCCCUUUAACAACUGAUUUCUGCAUAAGCCUUUCCAGAUGAGAAUGUGCAGUUAGGAGACUUCCCAGAAGCCUCGGAACGCUCCGCUACUCCUCGAUACCAUACAUUAAAGUGUGUAAACUGUGACCACUACCCCCCCCACCCUAUACAUCUAUGACUGUUUGCCCGACUGUUCCUCUGCGGUUUAGUACUUCCAGUUUUCAUCCAAAGGUAAAAAAGCAAAAGGUAAAGAUGCAAAGGAAUCCUCAGUGUUAAUAUUAGAAGAAAGGAUCGCAUUUGUUUUCACUCCUCAUUGUGUUAACAUCUCUGUGAAAGAAAAACCCUGUCCUGUCGUCUCACUUGUUUUGUGUUACAGAACCAAAGCUCUCGGCAAACUUUAUUUUUGUACAAUAUUCAUUUUAUAACUUUUUACAGAAUUAAACUUGUUUCUAUUAAAUCA